AUGUCGUCGACGUUGUGCUUCGUUAUAGUGGGUCGCAACGACUGCCCGCUUUACGAUGCCGAGCUUGGCACAGCUCCUCGGCGCGACGAGGCGGCGCAUCUGCACCAAUUCAUCCUGCACGGCGCCAUGGAUAUCGUGCAGGACGCCGUGUGGGCCACCAACAACAUGUGCGUGCGCUGGGGGGGGAGGGGGGGGGGGCAUGCGGGGGGGAAGGGGGGGGUGGGGUGGGGUGGAGAUGGGGGGCAGUUGGUGGAGGGAGAUGAUGGGGGGUGUGGGGGGGGAGAUGAGGAGGAGGGGAAAAUGUGGGGCACGCUACUAGAGAGAACGAAGCUGCUGCUGCUGCAUGACUCGCGCAACGAGGACGGCAUAAAAAACUUCUUCCAAGAAGUGCACGAGCUGUACAUCAAGGUGCUCAUGAACCCACUCCAUGUACCAGGCUCCAAAAUCAUCUCAACAGUUUUCGACGCUCGAGUCAGGGCUUUGGCCAAGAGGCACCUGUGA